UUUUCCGAACGUAACCGGAAGUUGACAAAUUGUUCGACGAGCGUCUCUUUGUCUGCCGCUUAACGGCUGUCUCUUAAUCCUUACCAUCGAGAGACUAACUACUCUCUUAUUGUUUAAUCAUAUUUGUUUUAUCAUAUUUUAUCCCUCUCUUAAUCAUACAGUCCUCCAUUUUUGUGUCUAAGUGUAUAUUUAUUUCGUAAAUAUGGCCGAUAUUGAAAAUGGUGAUCAGGAAGAAAGUUUUACAGAAACCAAUGGAGAUUUCGACACGAGUCAGUUUGAUCCCGAAGCCACUGACGCCGACACCAGUGCAAUAGUAUCUGAAGAUGUUGGCGUGGAAGAUCCGGAACUUGAGGCUAUCAAAGCCAGGGUCAAAGAAAUGGAAGAAGAAGCUGAAAAAUUGAAAGAAAUGCAGAAAGAAGUUGAUAGUCAAAUGAAUAUGAGCUCUUCAUCUAUAUCAUCUUUUCCAAGCGUUGAUGAAAAAAUAGAAGCUGAUGCUCGUUCAAUAUAUUGUGGUAAUGUUGAUUACGGUGCCACAGCAGAAGAAUUGGAGCAACAUUUUCAUGGAUGUGGCUCUGUGAACCGAGUGACCAUACUAUGUGACAAAUUCACAGGCCAUCCAAAGGGAUUUGCAUAUAUUGAAUUUGCUGACAAAGAUUCAGUUGCAACUGCAAUGGCUUUGGAUGACUCACUUUUCAGAGGUCGACAAAUUAAGGUCUCUCCAAAACGGACAAAUAGGCCAGGCAUUAGUUCCACAAAUCGCUUCCCACGCAGUAGAGGCAGAGGCAGGGGACGUGGGUUUAACCCCAGGGGAAGAAGACCAUAUGGGAGAUACCGAAGAGCAGCCUACUAUUCCCCUUACUGAAACUAAAUAACAA